AGUGGCCGAUAUUAAGACUUCGUCGCUAUCGUCGACACCAAUGCACUCAAUGUCCGGCGUUUCGAGCAUUGGUUUCAUGGAUUCGGCGAUACUCUUGAGUUCAAUCCAACGGAUUGUCGACGAAAACAAUAGCCUUAAGAAGGAUUUGGAGAACAAAACGUCAAAUUUGCAGAAAUUGAACGAAAAAAUCUGCGAUCUGUUGGCGAAGCAAACGCUUCCCAACACUAGUAGUAGUGAUCAGCAAAACACUCAACAAUUAGAGCAGCUCUUGAUGUCAGAGACGAGACUCAAACGCGAUAUAACUAUUUUGAACGAAGACUGCGAUCGAUAUCGGGCUAAAAACGAAGACCUGUCCGAAGAGAACCAUCGAUUGAGACAAACGGUGAAAGAGUUGCGGACAGAAGUGGAGAGUCGACCGAUCGAUAGCCGAGAGUCAAAACUGGAGUUUAAGAGUCAAUUGAAACGUGCGAUGAAUGAUGUGUUUCGCAAAUUUAACGCUCAAAUGGAUGAGAAUCGUAGCUAUAGUUCAGAUGAAAUCGUUGACAUUGUGUCCAAUUCUAUCAAAAGCGCGACACUCGCUGUCAUUGAUUCGCAGACUAAUAGCCACACGAAUAGUCCGUUUCGACGACCGGUUGACGAAAUCGACAAAAACCAAUCCUUUCAACAAAAUACCACUCCUUUCGAUGAAACCAAUAUAAAGCCUAUGAGAGGGAGUAGUGUUGAGAGGGAUGUGAGCAAACCUCCGGUUCCGAUGCGGAAGACUAUAGACGGCCAACAGAACAACAAAACCAUGGACUAUAAGACAGAGAUGUGUCCAUCACUUGAGAUCAGGCGUCGAAGAACCCAAAUAGCACUUCAAGUCAUUGACAUUGGACUCAACGAGUUUGCAACGAAUGGUCGGUCGACCCAAACAUUUAUGGGCUUCAUAUCGAUGACAACCUCCGAAGGAGUAACUCUUCACUUUGAGCUCAUCCAGAAUGGGAGGAAUGGGUCUAAUGAUGACAUUCAUGGAGCCGCCGCUUUACGGGCGCCGAGAAUUGGCCACUCAUUGGAUGAGUGCCUAAAAGUGGUGCAGAGGUGUGACCGCAAAACUUUGGCCACUUUCGCCGCCUUCGGUGGCCAUCGUUACGAGAUAAUAGAGCCGUACGAGUGUCGGGCCGUUCAACGGGUGUUACUGCCGGACAUCGAGCGACCAGAUUAUGCCGAUUCUGGCCAACCGUCCAAACAAUACAAUCGGAUCAAAACGGGUCCCGAAUUGGCGGCGAUCUUCAAGUCGUGCAAAAUCGCCAAAACUAUACUCACAGACGUCGGACACCGAUUGACAGCGGGAAUCACCGGCGAAGACAUCGAUGACAUGGUGUUGUGUCAGACAUAUAAGUGCUAUCCAUCGCCACUCAACUACAAGGGGUUCCCGAAAUGUGUGACCACUUCUGUGAACAACGUUGCCGUUCACGGCAUUCCCGAUAAGAGGCCUCUGGUCGACGGCGAUAUCAUCACUGUUGAUGUCAGCGUUUACUUCAAUGGUUUUCACGGCGAUUGUGCCCACACUUUCAUCGUUGGCAACGAGUCGGCCGCUGAUCCACAAUCACAGCAUCUCUUAAAUGUGGCGCAACUUUGUCUCUUCGAAGCCAUUAAAAUCUGUAGAGACGGCCAAAAGCUGUCGACAAUCGGCGAAACGAUUGAGAAAACCGCCAAAGGGUACGGCUUUCACGUGAUUCGGGAGUUUUGCGGCCACGGAAUCGGUAGUAAUCUUCACGAACCGCCGCAAGUGUUGCACUACAAAAGCGAUUCCGUUGAGACACUCAAAGAGAAUAUGUGUAUAACUAUCGAACCGGUGAUCACUGAAGGCCACCCGGAAGUGGCCAUCGAUGGAACCGAUGGAUGGACUGUAUAUACGGACGACAACUGCCGAACCGCUCAAUUCGAGCACACAUUAUACCCUAAACGGAUGCAUUUGCACAGAAAAAAUGGCGGUGGCGGCGGUUCGGGUGUCGAUAGGGACACGUCGGGCGCCUAUCAGUUGUCGACUUCUAUGCCUUCAUUAACUUCAAGCUAUUUAUAUCACACCUCUUCCCUGACGGACAGCGGCGCCGGCGACGCGGCCCUCAGUGCAGCCCUGAAUGCGGCCAAACGGGCCGUCGGUGUGUCCGGCAAGUCGUCGUCGACGAGUCCAUCGAAUAUAUAUUUAGCACAAACGCAAACCAAUGGGAAAUCAACGCAACAAAUGGUGAACCAUGUGAUGGACGACAUGGACUACUCCGACAUGGAUUUGAAUUUACGUGAAUUGGAUUUAGAGAGACUCAGAGAUAGCUUAUUAGACGACAACGACUUACUUAUAGUGAGCACUAGGAGUAGUCAUAAUAAAACGCCUUCACUGACAGCCAAAGAUUUAGACAAAUUGAUGUUAAAGUUAGAUCAGGACAACAGAAUUCUGGCCGAAUUGGACCGUAAGCUGAAACACGUGACGACCAGCGGACUCAUUGAGUCGACUGCACACAUAUACCCAUUGUCUUCAUCAUUGCCUUCGCUGAACACCGCAUCCCAUCAUAUGAUGCGCUCAUCGCUUCUCACCGACAGAAACAUGUCAUCGACUCUCAUGGGAUCGAUGGGCGGACUCGUCGGCAGUGCCCUGCAGUCCAAGACCACGCCAUUAGCCGCUCUGAACGUCAUGACCACCGGUCAAGGGCUCAACGGCCAGCACUCGUCGUCGGUAUCGCAGCAACAGUUAUACCAUUUCCUGCAUUCAUCGCAAACGCCAUUUCAACAACAAUUAGACGAAUUAAAGUUAGCCGAAGACAUAGUGGACAGCAUUGAGAUCCCGAAUCGGGGCCGCUGUAAGGUCUACAUCGCCCGAUACAGUUACGACCCCUUCAAACAGUCGCCCAACGAUAACCCGGAGGCAGAACUCACUCUAUUGGCCGGCGAUUUUGUGCUCAUCUUCGGCAACGUAGACGAAGACGGCUUCUUCUACGGGGAACUGUUGGACGGCCGCAGAGGACUCAUUCCGUCCAACUUUGUCGAGAAGCUCACCGGCGAAGACCUCUUCGAAUUCCAGGCCAGUGUCCUCUACGGCAACAAUCGGGACUCAGAGUCCGAUACCGCCAGUUGUUAUCCGCCAGAGUUUUACGACGCGAUUCUCAACGAACAGAUGUGUCACUCAAACUUCCAGCACCUCUUGGCUCCGGUUCUUGUAAUGGAUUGUUAUAGUAUUCACGACACAAAUACUUAUGAUAAA